AUGGCGGCCAGACUCAGGGGAAGAGGUGUUUGCGAAGUGAGGUAAAUAUUGGUUUGUCGAGUUCUGAAAAUGUUACCCAGCGUUGUUCCAGGUUUUAAAAAGAGGACCUAAGUUACUCAAGACCUGUUAGGUCGAUUUAUUAGGGAAAAAAUAGAACAGAUCCUUGGAUUUGCGUUUACCCAUUUUUAAGUUCUCUUUUUAGCCCUUCCCCGACCAUGGAAAUUCUGUGAUACUUAAGAUGUAUAUUUUGGAGCCUACAGAGUUAUAUAUCUUAAAUUGGAUGUAUUCAACCUUUGCUUGAUAGAAAUUGCCAUGAUAAGUUAGUAUGAUUCGAAGUCCAUUGUGGUGACGCGUUGGUAGCAACAAGAUAACACAAUGAUUCCUAAGAUGAGAAGUCUGAGAUGUCUUCAUCUUCGCUGUUUCCGCCUGUUUCACCCACGGCAUUAUGUCAACGAUCAAUCGAUCAAGCCUAAAGCUGUUGCAUUUGACAUGGGAGGGGUGGUGCUCCCCUCACCAGUCCCCCUGUUUCAUCAGUUUGAAGAUAACCAUGGUCUCCAAAGAGGUUCCAUUGCUGCAGCUAUUAAUGCUGGUGGUGAAAGAGGUAAAAUGAAAACUAUUAUGGGUCAUGAAGUUCUCAAUAAAUGAUACAAGGGCAGAUUUAGGGGUGAGGUGCAUGGGGUGUGCACCCUGCUCCCUGAUAUAACCUGCAGCUUUCUAACAUAACUUCAUGGUUACACAACAUUUGCUGUAUUGUUUACUAUGUAUUUUCAACAGUUCCAUUAAUAUUAUUUUUUAGUUAUUAGCCAUCUUCUUUAUUAUGUGCUUUAAUUUUUUUUUUACGUCCCCCUUUCUAAGAAAAAUCUUGGAUCUGCCCCUGUGAUAGAAUGUGCAAAUGCCUUGUCUAUUGCUGGUUAAUCAAUUAAGUAUUCAGUCAAUUUUGAGUUAUGCAGUUGAUUCAGAUAUUAUAUCAGUCAGUAGGUGGGUUUGUCAUUAGGCCAGUUAGGGGAAUUGAUCAAUCCAUACAUUGCCAUUACUUGCCCAGUUAGUCAUUACCCCUUAAACCUGCUACUAAGUUAUUUUGCACAUGAGGUCCAUAAUUCAAGUAGCAGCUGUUAGCCCUUUAACUCUGAUCCAGAAAUUUUCCUUGCAACAGUAAUGUGAUAUCAAGGACACAAGUAAUGAGAAUGAAGAGAAAUUUUCGACAAGGGGAUUAUUUGUUGAUCCAAUACCAAAUUUUCCAAAUUAUCAUCAUGAGAGUUGCAUGAAAGACAGAAAGGAGAGCUACUGAUGAGAUCUUACAGAUGAAAGGGUUAAUCAGGUCAAUUAGUUGGCUUAAGUUGGUUGGUUGCCCCUCUCCCUUUUUAAUAGUUGACAAAAGUGGUUUUUGUAAUAAUUAACUUUGAUCAAAAUGAAACUUCUGAUUAUGAUUAAUGACAUUGCUACUCUUUGUUAUGAACAACAUCUUAAAGCAUUGGAUCACAAUGUAGCCUGGACAUAGCCUUUUACAGCUUUCAAAAUAUUACCUAUAUUCAGAAGAAGUUCAUUUAUGACUGAAGAAAGUACAUAUUAAGCAAUUCUGUAUUAUGAAACUUAAACUUUUCAUGUUACUUGUCAUUAAAAUGUCAGAUUUAAAAGUUUCAUGCGUAGUUACUCUAACUUUACUGAUUAAUUGUGUCUUAUUUUAGGUAUCUGGGCACAGUUUGAAUGUGGAACUCUUUCACCUGAAGAAUUUUCAGACAAGUUUGGAGAAUACCUGCAGUCAGUAACUAGCAAAAGUGUGAGCGUGAAAGAUCUAAUUGGUGGCAUUCAAACAGCCAUGGUAGAGCCCCAUCCUGAAGUAAUAACAGCUAUUCAGUGUAUAAGAGCAGAGGGCCUAAAGACUGCUUUGAUUACAAAUAAUUGGUUGAUGGACAAUGGGAGGUCAUUUUGUCCAGUAGAUGGAAGACAUUUUGAUCUGGUAAGAAGCUCACUGGUUCAGGGGAACUCCCUAAUUUUUAAGAAAGGCCUGUGGUACUCAGAUUAACAAGAUCAUGAAAAUGAAGAAAUGAGGAAUGGGCUGUUAGGUCAGCUUUUAUGGAGAGCCGAUGAACAGGGACUGGUAUGGUUUUGUUGUAUCUUUUAGGAGUUCAUGGAGAUCCUGUAAUUUUCUUGAGGAUGAUGAGAACCAAGUAGCAUCAGACCUUUUUUUAUACACUACAAAACAUGAUUGGACAGGCAACUGACUGUACUAAAAUUCCUUCCUCCACCUCUUAUGCUCUAGUUUCCUUCUUAAAAGAUGGUUUUCUUACAAAAUAAGCCUUCACUUCUUGUGUUUCUCUGGCUCCAAUUCCAUCGUUUAUUCUUCCCCUUGCACCUCCCUUUUCUUGUCUUCCUCAUCCCUCCACUGUUCUACCUCAUGCUCAGGCACUUCUUUCCAUUUUUUUUCUCCCUUUACUCCUGACCACUUUUUAUUAAUCUUCCUUCCUUUACACCUUUCUUCAACCCUCCAUCCUUUUCCCUCCUCCUUUUUAUUUUCAUAAUCCAAUCUUCAUUUCACUUUCCUAUUCUCUACCCUUAAUUCACCCCAGUUGCUUCAUCUCCUUCCCUUUUCUUCGAUCUUAUCGCUUCUCGUAACUACACCAUUCACCAGUUUUUCCUCAGUCUUGCUUGGUCCUUCUCCUGUCAUUCACCUUGGCUUUAAGUUCCUCACUUCUCUCUCAUAUUUCAGCUCUUUCUUUCUCAAUAAUUACAUUCACCCUUCUUCCUUCAAUUGCAAGUUUUAACAUGUGGAUAAUGAUAAACUGUAAGGUUUUAGAGUCAGUAUUGGAGGGUUCAAGAAAACCGGAGGAAAAAUUUUACCACAAGUUGUUGGACAGGCUCAAGAUGAAUCCCGAGGAGGUGGUGUUUUUAGAUGAUUUUGGCAAAAAUUUGAAACCAGCACAGAAAAUGGGAUUUCAAACAAUAAAGGUAAAAAGAAGGUGGCAAGGAAUUAAAGAAAAUUUUGGUGAUAUCAAGUGAGUCGAUAUAACCAAAAUUAUCUUUUUAUAUUCCUCUCACUGACGCAGCACCACAUUCUCUUUAGAAACUUACCCUCUUUAACCCUUUAAUUCUCAUAGGUGACCAAGAAAGAAUUUCUCCUUACCAAUAUGAUCAAUAUGAUAUCAACCAGAUAAGUGAUGACAAUAAAGAAAAAUAUCAAUUUGGGGAUAAUUAGUUGAUCCAGUACAAAAUUCUCUGAACUAACAUUAUAAGAAUUGUAUGGUUGACAGUAAGGGGAAUUACUAAUUUGAUCUGGGAGUUAAAGGGUUAAGGAAUUAAGGUAGUCUUGGUGAUAAAUAGAUUACAAUGAAGAAGGGAAUGACAGAAUUACACUGAUGAAAAAUGGCAAACUUUUGAAGUUAGUGGAUACAUGAUGUACUAAGGCCAUCAAGAUUGAUUUUAAAAACUAUCAGUUACUUAUUAAAGGUAUUGGAAUUUCUUUUCUUUAUAUCAGCAAAUAUGCUAAGGCCGCUAACUGAAAAUUAGCCUAACACAGUACAACUUCAAGCCAACUAAAUGUUUUUUGUAAUCAAAUUUUUUUUUUUAUCUUUCAAAAGGUUGAUGACAUAAGAAGUGCUUUGCAUGAGCUGGAGAUCAUUCUUAGUUUUCCACUUAAAGGUAAACAGACAGAAUUAUGAAAAGACACAAGAUUCUGAAGUGAAUCUCACGAAUCUACAAUAAACUGCUUUUUUUCUUGUACUUUUUUCUGUUCAGGUUUUGUUGCUGGGACCACAGCUGUGCGUAAAAGUCACCAGAUUCCUGUGGAGUCCCUUGUUAGUUACCUGAAUAAUGAACUUGGCUUAAAGCAGGAAGGUGAUCUCAAGCAUUGAAAAAAAAAGACUUAAUCUAGUCUGUGCUAUUUGUCAGUGACCUGGGUUGUGAAGCUUUCUUUAGUGUAAAUGUGUAACAUCUUUUUGGCCUUGGUGCUUUUGAUUAAAGGCCAUUUAAGCCCGUUCAUUCCCAAUAUUUUGAUGGAAAUUCUCCUUACUGUCUGCCUUACAUUUCUUUUAAAAUUCAUUUUGAGAAUUUGUUGUUGGAUCAAAUGGUAAUCCCUCUCUUAAUAUUUUUUACUAUCAAAUUUUUAAGUCUGAAUAUUGCAUUUCUAGUGUUCUGAGUGGGUUACUAAUUAAACUCUGGUCAUCAGCUCAUGUUUCAAGUCACUGUAUGUAAAAAUGCAUAAUGCCAACUGCUGCAGAGCUGAAAAAACCCCAAAUGUCCAAACAUUCAGGACUUAAUGACAUGUUAUAAAACAAAUAUUCAAGAUUUUGUGCAUUUAUGUGAUUAUGCCAUUGUUGCUCCUGCAAAUGAAAGGAAACUUACAGAAUGUGAACUCCUGUUUUAAAUUUUUCAAUUGAAACACAAGUUGAAUAGAAAUAACAGGACUUUAAAUUUAAAAACUUUUCAGUCCUGUUGUAGGUUUUUCAAUUUAUCUUGUGGUUUAUUUCAGGCCCCCCAAUAAUUCGUCAGUUUAAACAUGGUCAGUCCAAUCCCACUUACUAUGUGGAAUAUGGAGGACAAAAGCUGGUGAUCAGGAAAAAACCUGUGAGUGAUGACUUAUGGUCAAGUCUUGAAUGUUCGGAAAUCAUUACUAGUGCCAGACCCAAAUAAAGAAGUAUUAAUUUAAAAAUCUAUUGUACAUAACACAUUUGCUGGCCACAAGUUCAGUUUUGUAUUUUUGUAGCUACCUGUGAUCUUUUCUGAUUUAUUUUUGUUCCUCUUUCAGCCAGGAAAGCUUCUUCCUUCAGCUCAUGCCGUGGAAAGAGAAUAUAAGUUAGUUUAUUCUCGUGAUUUGUUAUUUUAAUUCACGUCCAGUCAUUUACUCAUAUGGUCUUGUUAGCUGUUAGACCAUGAAACUUUCAACAUAACAAUAAGCAAGCACAAUUUAUUGAUAAAACCUUGCUUGAACAAGCACACGCAACAGAGAAAGAGAGAGAAAAAUACCAGUCGUCUCUAAUUAAUAACCUGUUCCCGUAUAACACAAAAGAAAUCUCAUCUGUAAAAUAAAAAUCCUACACAAUUUUCAAUACCAUAUGGUAUAAAGCAUAAAAUUAUAUCAACACUACAGGGUGAUGAAAGCACUUGGAUCUGCUGGUGUUCCUGUUCCAAAAACUCUAGCUUUGUGUGAAGAUAGCAGGCAAGUUAUCCUCUCUAUUCUGUAUGCUAGAUAUAUUUCAAAUUGCUCUGAUCUGUUAUGCUUCAAGUUCUACUAAGCCCCUGCCCCCUCUCCCCUCUUGCUUAGUUCAGACUUCAUUUUUGUUAGCAGAAAGGAAAUACUGAGUGAAACUCGUUAGGUUUUUUUUUCACCCCUGUGGAAAAUCAUAUUUCUGUCAAAAGUGAAGAUGAUUGUGGGUCGUCUCUUCGGCUGUCUCACGGUCGUAUUUCGUUUUUAUGAGGGAAGCCAGGCGUUUGACGGUCGUUUGUCUUCGGUUGUCUCUCGGUUUUUGCUCGUUUGUUGGGCGUCUGUCAGUUAUCAGUGACUUGUUGAUCGUCUUUCCAUCGUCUUACGGUUGUCUGUCUAUUGCCAGUCGCUUGUCUGUAGGGCGUCGUACGGUUGUCCGUCAAUUGCCGGUCGGUCGAUUGUAGCCGGCCGUUUGUCAACUGUUGCUGACCAUUUCUCCGAGUACGUGUCGGUAAUCUGUCGGCCGUCAAUUGACCUACGGUCAGUUUAGUGGAGCUUUUCUUCAAUUUUAUUAACAAACAGUUAUUCAUUGUUUUCCCCUCCUUUACAUGAUAGCAUAAUUGGAACACCAUUUUAUGUCAUGGAAUAUGCUCAAGGACGGCUAUUCAAGGAUCCAUCUUUGCCUGGCAUGUCAAUGGAGGAGAGAAAAGUAUGUAAAUCAUAUAUUUUUUGAGUUGUUUUUGAAAGUAAUCAAAGAACCUAGGUCGCAUGAUUGUUAGUCCUUAGAGAGUUGCCUUUAGGUAGAAGGAAACCUUGAAAUAUUGACUCGCACGGAAGAAAAAUAAGUACGAAAGAGUCGAGAAGGAACCAAUGUUUAGUAAGGAUGGAGAAGAUUACAUAUUCAUGUAGAUUAAGAAAUGAAGGGUGGUCAAUUUUAAGCUAGGUUAUUCUGGUACAGCUCCUUUUUGAGCUUGGUUGUCCGCUUUGUAGCAUCCGACUUAGCGUUGAUAACUAGGGACUUCAUUUUGGACUCAGGGCUCACGUCAAUGGCUUUGCCUCAAACUUGCGCAAAUUGUUAAUUUUCUUCAGGAGAUUUACCACGCAAUGAAUGAAACUCUUUUCAAGAUUCAUGAUGUUGACAUUGAUGCUGUUGGACUUGGAGACUUUGGUAAACGAGGUACGUUCGUCCAGUCAGAACAGUUUACCAAUUGAGAGUUGAAAUGAUCCGAAAUAGCGUUGGUUUUCAUUUACUGCACAGGGGCAUUGGCCCGACAAUCGGAUACAAAACUAAAACCAGUUUCAACUAAGUUUCAACUUGGUUACUUGCGUUUCCUCAUAUUUGAAGCUCUAUAACCGCCAUCCGUCGAGCAGCUAGAGUUAUCCUCUCUUAGCGCAAUGUUUCCAACGCGUUUAUUGGUUUUACUUCACGACAGCUGUUCGUCCGAUGUUUCGUUCAAAAACUCGCACCACUCUCUCGACCAAUAAGCAAAGUGCUUUUUCCCGCACUGUAUUCUGAGUUCUCAUUGGUUCCUUGUGGAAUUUAAGUUUUCUUUGAUUGGCCGUCGAUAUUGCUUUGGUUUUGGAUUUGCGACUCUAAAGCUGAGAAGUAUCGUUAUAAUAGUGUAUCAUUUUCUAGGGCUGCCGCUGUGCUAUCGAAUUGUACCCACAAUUUGUAACCCUUUAAGUGGAAAUUAAACUUCUCUUUUUGUCAGGAAUGUUAGUUAGAAGUUCUCUCUCUUUACAUAGGAAACUAUAUUCGACGUCAAACAGAGAGAUGGGCCAAACAAUACGAGGCCAGCAAAACACAUGAAAUACCCUCAAUGGACAAACUUAUUUCCUGGCUAUUGGAGAAUGUACCAGAAAAUGAUACAACAACAGUUGUUCAUGGAGACUUCAGGUUAGCAUGAGAAAUUCUUUGUUUUGUGCCCUUGAAUGGCUGCUGAAAUGAGAAUCAAAUCCAUCUCAGUUGCUUUAACGUUAUUUCACGUGAGCUGACGUGAAGUCACGAAAUGUGAUGCGACGUGACGUAAUUUAAAGUUACGUGACGUGACUUGGAUCGAAGUAGUACAAAGUAACGUAUCAGUUGUCCUGAACGGUUUGUUCUUAGUAGUCCUCGUGACAUUUUAUCGCUUUGUUGCAGAUUAGACAAUUUGAUUUUCGACGAAAAAAAGCCCGAAGUAAUAGCAGUGCUAGACUGGGAACUGUCCACUCUUGGUGAUCCAUUUUCCGACUUGGCAUACAACUGUCUGCCACAUCACCUACCUCCAAAUUUCCCAGCUUUGACAGGUGAUAGCUGACUCGUAACUGUCUUUCACCAGCAAGCACGCAGUUUUCUGUGUUACAAGUAGCGGCUGAACUAUAUUUGUGUGUUGAUAAAAAGAAUAUUGAAAGAUAGAGUUUAUGUCAUGUCGUUGUUUUUCUUGUAGGUGGGGAUGGGGGGGGGGGGGGGGGAGAGCCUACGGAUGUUAAAUUUUAACUGAGGAUAGAACUGAACCACAGCACAUUUGUGAAAAAAUAUAGGUGUGGAAAUGUUGAAUUCUUUCUCUCCUGAAGAUCCUUCAGUUGCUUUAGUUUUCAGAGAUUCGAACAUGACAAACCUCUUUCUUAUCCUUAUCUGGUUGUUUGUUUGUUUGUUUAUUAGGUUUUGCCGACCGUGAUCCCAGUUCUCUUGGCAUUCCAACCGACAUUCAGUACAUGCAGGAGUAUUGUCAGCGAGCAGGCAUUCCAUCUGUCGAAAAAUGGAACUUUUACAUGGCAUUUUCAUUUUUUCGCGUUGCUGCCAUUCUUCAAGGAGUCUACAAAAGGGCACUUCAAGGUAUUUCUAAAUAACUUUUCGUAAAGUUUUCUGAAUUAACACGCGUACUCAGUGAAAACCAUAACUAUGUUAGAGCUUUGAGUAUCUAACCUGACAUUAACUUUGACUUGUUAUCUGUCUACUGUUGUUGGGUUAGGGGAGGUGUAGGUGCCCUGGAACUUAAAUAAGGGCAUUGAUCCAAAGUUAAUCACCUGCUAUUCUGCUGUAUUCUAGCUUUCGCUAGCCAGAAUUGCAUGCCUCAAGUCUGACUUGGCCUAGAUUACAUUUUGCUUUAAUUUUACAUUAUUGUACCUAGCCCAUUAUUUGUCUUAAUGGCAGGUCAGGCCAGCUCGGAAAAUGCCAAAGCUGUGGGUGUACUGGCUGAGUCGAUGGCGAAGACCGGGUGGAAGUUAGCCUCUCAAGGCACUGGACCCAAUGGUCAUACUGAUAGAGGGAAACUGGGAGGAACAAAGAGAAUGUAUUCUACUUCUGCUCAUGCCGGUUCUCCAGGUUUGUUAAGCGAACAUGUUGCUACUGGAUAACUGCUUAAUACUGUGUAUUGGUGAAUUCUUGCUAAGAUUUUUUCGUUAAUACACAUGUGUUAUCUGACCCCAGCAGUAGAAACUAGCAGAAUAAAACUCUUUAAGUAUGAUCUCGGUAUGUUAGAAAAUUUUGGAAACAUAACUGGAUUUUUUCUCCAAGAAUUUAUGGUUCACAAUCGGUUUCAUCACCCACCAGUUUCACAGAUUUUUACGGCAAACAACUUUAAAUCAUUGCUUCUAAUCAGCUAACACUUUGCACUCUAGGUUUGAUUUUGAGGUACGAAGCAGUUUGCCUGCGAUUCAUUUAGUUAACUUUCUUUACACUGUACAAAUGCCAGGUCCGCUACCAUCUGACCUGAAGUCCCUUCCGUCUCGCGUGCAAGACAUGUAUCAACAACUGACUGACUUCAUGAGUGAGUACGUGUAUCCGAACGAGGCUGAGCUCAGUAGGCACCAAGCCUCUGAAGAUUGUUGGACGCCUCAUCCGCUGGUAGAGGAAAUCAAGGUAGAAGUGAGCUCUUUUAGUGAUAUAUCAUACUUGGGCGUUAAAAGGCAUGAACGAUGUAGUAAUAAGGGAAAAUGGAAUCGAUUUAUUCCUCGUGAUAAUGAAAACAAAGAGGUAAUCGUUUGCAACAUCUCUCUCAGCAUAUGUCCACAUUUUUAUCAGGUUGUCCGACAUUUUUAGGAAAAACGCCGUCAUAAAAUUAAAAUGAAAUAGCCAGCUGAAAUUGUCUACCAAAAGAAAUGCGCUCUUUGAUCAGUCCGCUGAAACGGCGAUCUUAGAUCAUUUUUAUGCGCCCCGAACGAAAGCUCACAAUGCUUUUUUAUGAACGGUUUUUGCCCCUUCUUUUGUCUUGCCACACGUUUAUUGUGACGAAAAUUAUUUGAUUCAACCUUUAUUAAGGGACCUGGACGCUUAUGCUUUUUUUCUUUCCUGAAAACACUUUCAAUAACCAGGAAAAAGCCAAAUCCGUGGGUCUGUGGAAUCUGUUCAUUCCAAUUGAAGCGGAUCCGGAAGAUAGAUAUGGUGCCGGACUGACGAAUGUUGAAUACGCUUUCUUGUGCGAGGUGAUGGGAAGAUCAAUAUACGGACCCGAGGUUAGUCCGGUUUGAAAUAGUGAUCAAUGUUGGUAUCUGAGCAUCUGGUAUCUGUUCGCUUACCCCUCCUCUAACCAAACAACGGUCAACUAACAACAAAUUAGGGUUAGGGGAGGGGUUGGUGUGCAGUUGCUCAGAUACUGUCAUUGAUCCGAAAUAGCUACUUCUGUUGAUUGGUCAUUCAAACCCUAUUAUUUUGUUACAAAUGCUGUAAAAUUUUGUAAGCAAAUCAGUUCUUUACUGUUCAACUGCCUUUCUUGCGUGGUAUGUAUGGCUAUCAUCAUUUCAUUGCGGGAUGUUUCACGCAAGAUAUCAUUUCAAAUGCCUGCUGAAAUUGUUGUCAGGCGAUCUGUUACACUAGAGAGGAGAUGAAACGUUUUAAGAGUUUGGUGGUAGAUUUUCAAAGUAAAUUUGUAUUUUUUUCGCAAAUAUCGUCUUAUCUUUCCUCGCGUUAACAGAUGUUCAACUGUUCUGCUCCAGACACUGGCAACAUGGAAGUUUUGAUCAAAUAUGGCACAGAAGAACAGCGGGUAUGUUAUCACCCUCAAAAGUCAUGAAAAUGGAUUUGCCCCUUGAGUCUUUCAAAAAAACCAGUGUAGGUUCCUAAUGAAAAUUAUUUCUAAAAAACUGAUUUCUACUUGAUUAUAAUCAAGGUAGAAGGAAGAGGUAGAAUUUUAAUCUACAGCUGUUCUUUUUUCGCUGUCGACUGACGAUAUCGUUGUGCCUCUUACACACAGGAAGGUUGGUUGCGUCCACUUUUAGAUGGAAAAAUAAGAUCGUGCUUUGCUAUGACAGAACCUAAGGUCAGUUGUCUAGUAACAGAUAACAGUUUGAAAAUACCCAUUCUCUUUCAUUUGGAAACUACUUUGAUAGUUUUUGGGCGGUUGUUAAUGUUACAAGCGUUCAAAAAGCUAUUUGUUUGCGGUUUACUCUCGUAUUACUGAAGAGUUCAUUGUGGCACUGGGGAUUCUUUAGAUUUUCCUGAUUGUUGGCAUCCGCUGAAGGCUUCAAAAUGUAAAUCUGAAGCUCAAGGCCAUCUUCUGUCUUUUGUCUCAGUCCUUUAACUCUCAGAAGUUACCGGAAUAUAUAACUUCUUGCAACAUCACUAUUUCUCAAGGAAACUGGAUAUGACGAGGGAAAUGUAAACUUGAGAAUAUAGUAAACCUUAGAAUUCUCUUAAGAGAUCGUCCAUCGCCGUUUUUAACUGAGGAGGUGGCCGUAGAUCUGGGGGGGGUGAAAUGAUUGUAUUUUUUUUUCUUCCGAUAUUCCUAAAGGAACUCGGUACUAAGUGACACCCAGCAUUGCUUUUAGAGUCUCCAGUAUCACAUGUUUCACAUUAGAUUUCCUAACAUAUCAGUUCCCUCAACAUAUGUGUAUCAUGCUUGUAGGUUGCCUCUUCGGACGCCACUAACAUCGAGUCUUCAAUCAUAUUAGAUGGCGAGAAUUACAUCAUCAAUGGACACAAAUGGUGGACAUCAGGUUUGUCCCAAUAUUUGGAUGAUUCCUUUCCAUUUCUCACAAGCCACGGCUGAGACCCCAUUAUAUUAUUGUAGUACAAGAGAACAAUUUCCCCCUUGAUUUUGAUUUUGUUAGGUGAUUAUUUUCAAGUGCGAAUUUGUCUUUUUAUGCAUUUUCAAACAGAAAUGAUUUCUUUGUCCUUUGCAAUAAUUUUCUCUUAGACAGUUUUCGACCGAUCUCUUGUUCGCUUGUUAGUUCGUUCGGUCUUCAUUUUCGAUCGUUUUUUCGUUCGAUCGUUGGUUCCUGCGUCCGCUCAUUUGAUCGUUUGUUUGUUUGUCCUUUCGUUUAUGUUCUGCUUAAUUCUUUCUCUGUGCUCAUGACAGGUGGUAUGGAUCCUCGAUGUAAGAUCUGUAUUUUCAUGGGAAAAACUGAUCCUGAUGCUCCAAAACACAAGCAACAGGUAAUGCUCGCCAACACCAUAACAAAUGUCGUACUGGUAAUCUCAAAUUUCCAAUUUCUUUCAUAACCAACCAGCAUGAUUGUAGCCAUACCUGCCCCUUGUUUUCUCCACGGGCCAGCUGCUGUGUUGUAGAUAGUUUCCAAUCAUUGGAGUGGUAUUCCAUCUAGAGGCUGGUUGCCCACGGUGGAAGACCCUGAAUGCCCUAGGCACCCACCUUACAUUUAAGCAAGGCAGCUGUUAACUGCAAGUUAGUUUGGAUCAGAUUAUCGUUCUUGCUGUUUUUAUUUCCAUAGGUAAUUAUAGAAUCGAUCAUAAUUUCUCCAGGUCCUUUACUUUGUCUUGGAUCCCCACAGAGGGUUUCUUUGAAAGGAAGAGUCGGUGAUACAUCGGAAUGUCUUAUUCUCUUAUUAUAUUACAGGCAAUGAUUCUUGUUCCCAUGGAAACGCCAGGAGUCACGGUGGUGCGACCCUUAUCCGUUCUGGGUUACCAAGACCCACCGUGUAAGUAAAUUUUAUCAUUAUUAAGGGAUUUCUAAAUCGACAAAUCGAAACUCUGAGUAGUCUCUAAAAUUAACUUCAUCUCACAAUUUCGAUACUGACAGAUAACUAAUUCAUAAGCGUAAGGUGUUACUUUGACGCAACACGAAAUUCUCUUCACUAAUUUACAAGGUAAUAUAUAAUGGAGAAUUGCUAGUAAGUGAAGAUUUUGGGUUUAAAACUAACUUGACUGAUGCCACUGCAUCAACUCCGUCACUCGGUCCUAUCUUCCUAACUACUAAAAAAGUCUAGUCUAAAUUUAGGGGUCACUUAGCUCCUUACACGCACAACAAUAUUUUCUCAAGGAAAGUCCUAAUAAUAGAAAUAGGUAAUAAUAUGAUUUCGAGUGCAAUUUGGUGUAAAUAAUUUGGCGUGCACGUGGUAUUUUUAAUUUGCACUCGUGUUACAACUUUGCACCCAUGUUGCAUGAGAAUGCACUCGUUUUCAGCCAACUAGAAGCGCGUAAUUUUUUCAUAUACAUUAUUAAUAUGCUAACGAUGCGUUUUGGUACGAUAGGUGGUCAUGCUGAAGUCAUUUUCAAAGAUGUUCGAGUACCAAAAGAUAAUCUCUUAUUGGGACCUGGGAGAGGGUUUGAGAUUGCCCAGGUUAGUAAUAAAAUAAAAAAAUCAGAAUUUUCCGCCUCUGUCUCCUCUUCCUCUCAACUGAGCGGCUUUUUUUUUGCCUCUUACCCUCCCGCUCUCUUUCUUCCUUCGUCUUCACCGUAUUUAUAUUUCUCUAUCUCUCUUCUCUCAUCUCUUUCACUAUGAGUCCAUGUUUCACUUGCUUGAUUGAGCUUUCUUAUAUCAAUCCCAUUGAAAUAUAAAUGAACUCUUUGAUAACGUGGUGGACAUUUCAGGGUCGCUUGGGCCCAGGUCGUAUUCACCACUGUAUGCGUCUGAUAGGACAGGCCGAGAGAUCCCUGGAGCUAAUGAUCGAGAGGGUAAGUAGUCGUUGUUGUCGGUAACUCGUUUUUGUACCAAAUAUUACCAUAACAUUGUUUCAUACAAUGCUUUUUUAAAUUACGCAUUCAUGUAGGUCAAAAGAAGAGUGGCUUUCGGCAAACCUCUUGUAGAGCAAGGAACUAUUUUGCAAGACAUUGCUGAGUCUAGAAUAGAAAUCGAACAAGUCAGGUGGGCAAAAUAAGACAGAGUGUACUGUUAACCUCGCGUUGUUGUGUCUCUAUUUUCUCUAUCAGUUCAGUGAUAGAUUCAGUGAUUUAAAACCUGUCCGAAUCCUCUGCACAAGGCUAGUGGAUAUCUUCUUGAUUUUACUGCCGAGUUCUUUCAUUCUACUAGCACCUUAUGAAUAUCAGGAAAGGAACUUUAGAGUUCUAUUUCUAAGGAAUAUUUGACCUGUGUGCAUUUAUUUAGAAUGUCAAGACACUUCACUAUUCAGUUUUAAUUGAUUUAUCUUGUUUUGCAGACUUCUGACCCUAAAAGCUGCUCAUCUAAUGGAUACAGUAGGAAAUAAGGUAGAAAUCCGUGUCAAGUAGGAGUCCAUAACAUUCCUCCAGUCUGAUCAUUUUUAUCGCUUUUUUUAGGCCGCUGCACCGGAGAUCGCUAUGAUUAAAGUUGUCGCUCCGAGAAUGGCUCAAAAUGUCGUUGACAGAGCAAUGCAGGUUUGUAAAACAACUUGUUGAAGCUUGUGCCGUAAAUGUGUAAAGACCCAGUAACCAUGAGGCAUUGCGCUAUAUAAGUAACGACAUGAUUCAAAAUCAUUGGCUGACUUAGGCUAGCAAUAUAACAGUCGAAAUGUCGCGAUCUUCAAUUGAUAGCGUGACUCUACAGUUGAUAUUGACUGUAAAUUGUGAGAUAAACGACCUAACGUUCAUUUAUGAUCAUAUCAUUUUCACAAAUAUCUCACAGGCAUUUGGUGGUGCAGGUCUUUCUUCCGAUCAGCCGCUGGCUCAGUUUUGGUCGUGGGCUCGUGUUCUCCGACUCGCGGACGGCCCUGACGAGGUGCAUCUUGGGGCAUUGGCCAAGCGAGAAGUAAAGAAAACCAUGGGCAAGGACCAAUAAAUACAAUAGUUGUCACGGUGGGGUAGGGGUUGGGAUGAAUUGUUACACAUAUGCUCUACUACUACCAUAAUAGUUAAGUCCCAAAAUUCGAGUUUUCGCUGUAUAUGUUAAAGUUAACUUUGCAUUCUUUGACACUAACUGGAUCGAACAAAGCGAAAUCGAGGAAUCCAGAGGUUUUGAUAAAAAAUAUUAACUCCAAAUAAUAUAAUCCAUUAUGAUUAAGUUUCAAUCCCACCGCUACUAAUUUUUCAACUGCCUUCAAAAUUCGACAAUAAUUUGCAUAGUGUUCAAUUUUUGCCUAGAGGAUUGUGGGUCCUAGUGGUGAAGUUCAAUGAAAACACGAUAUGCAUCAUUGACAAUUGGAAAAAGCAAGUAAGACUUGAAAGGGGCGAUUUAAUGCGAUGCGUCGAUCAAUUCGAAGUUUCAAAAUCGCCCCCUCUUCCCUGAGAAAUCCUAACUUUCUACACAUUGACGAAGCUUUGAAACCUAGAUGUUGUAGACCUUUUCUUUUGGACCGUUCGUUCGCGAAAGACUUGACACUUUUUGUUAAAAUUCCUCACCCCUUGUUCACUGCCCUGGGGGAGGAUGUUGAAGCUUUAAAUUUAUUGGCACACAACCUUGUAAUGUAGAUGGUACUUUAUUUCCGUAAGUAAGCUUCGUGAGAAGACACUUUUUCCCUUCAUGGGAAAUAUUUUCUUCAGAAGAGGCUAAAUUUUUUCAGGCAGAAGUGAAUUAAACCUUUCUCUGUAGUCAGUCGUUACAGCGAUUGAAAGCCUAGGAAAUGGCAAAUAGUGGAAUUAACUAUUUUUGCAGACAAACGAUUAUCGCUUUGUAACUCAAUGCUUCAUGGUGAAAAUAAAGUGUUAGAUAGGUCGAUUUUGGUCUUUGGUCAAAUUUUCC